CAUUAUUUUCCGUUGUUUGUUUAUCAAAACAUUUUUCAAUUUAAGUUUACAUUUUUAGCUAGAACUUUAUUUUACUGUUAUAAUUAUUGUUUCUUUUUAAGUAACUAGUUUUUCUGUUAUGACGUCAGUAGCGCGGGCCGCUCGCCUCGCCCGGGAAGUGAAGAACUUCGAAACCAGACCUCCAUGGGGCAUUACUUGUUCACCAGAGAAGGAAGACAGCUUCGAUGUGCUUAAAGUCAAAUUGCUGGGCCCCAAGGGCUCACCGUACGAGAAAGGAACAUUCAAACUCGUUAUAACAAUCCCUGAGAGAUAUCCGUUCGAACCGCCGCUUGUCAAGUUUACAACGCCAGUUUACCAUCCAAAUAUUGAUGAUGGUGGCAGGAUAUGUAUGGACAUGUUAAAGAUGCCUCCAAAAGGUGCCUGGCUACCAACAAUCACACUUGAAUCGCUGCUCGUCUCACUACAGACUCUACUCGCUAAUCCGAACCCUGAUGACCCUCUCAUGAUGGAUGUAGCUAACGAAUAUAAGUAUGAUAUUGAGAAAUACUUGGAAAAUGCAAGGAAACACACUGAAAAACAUGCUGUAUGAGUAUGGUUAUAUGAUUUACUAACUGUGCCUGUGUUAAGUUUCAAUAAAAAAUAUAUCCUAUAUGUUAUUCUGAUGAAUAAACUAUAUUACUGUAAAGUUUCAUAAUAAUCCGUUCAGCAGUUUUUACUUGAAAGUGUAACAAAUAUUGUUUAUAAUAUUAUUAAGAUUAUUGUUA